CCAAUGAAAUGGGACUUUUGGGCUUUUCCACGAUUGUCGUGAAGAGCAGCGUCUUUACUGUUGGCAGUUCGUACCUCAUCUGCUACAUUACACAGGGGAAGGCGUACUUGACGUGGCUUAGUAGAGGCGAUCAUACCUCCCCCAUAAUUGUCUGGUCAAGUGUGUAUAACCACUACGACAUGCAGCCACCGUUUGCAUUUGGUGGUCUUGAGUUGGUGAACCUCACCGUUAGUGAACAGGCGCAGGCGGGUCGUCCUAUUAAUCAAGGGCUCGGUGGUGCCAACACCAUUUUUCUCAUCCCCUGUAGGGGAACCGGUGCAAACUGCGGUGGGACCGAUAAUCUACCAGAGUUGUGCGCCAGUCAACCGCCAGACAGCAUUUUGUUGAAUAAUCUGCGCGGUGUGAUGACGAUGUCUGUUACGGGUAGUUUCACAGUGCCGUAUGUACCCUCGCCCAACGGUUACGCCAUUUGCGUUCCAUAUUGCUACGAUGCAUCUGUGGGAUGCGGCACGAGUGUGGAGAUGUCAUACACGGUUGUGACGGACGACAAAUCUACGCCAGUUAUCAAUUUUGGUGAGGCCAAUCCAAGUUCCUACAGCGUUACUCCCGCAGCGCCACAGGCACGUGAGUUGAGUUACAUGCUGCUGACUGGUAGAGACCUGACUGAUAGGGAUGUAGUUCGUGUUAUUCGGAGUGGGAGUACAUGUGGGUCUCCGGCGGCGCCGUUACUGACCAAUUUAAGGCUUAUCCGUCUUGUGGCCGUCAGCGAUACUCUUGUGAAUGUCACGUUUAUUGCACCAGAACUCAUCACACAACAGAUGCGAGGUAUUGUAUGUUAUCGCCAUGCAGGCAGUUUAUUAUGGUCUUCUGUAAGAAAGGACCCGGCGUUACCGAUGGAUGAUUUUGUUAUUGAUAUCCUGCAGCCAACCAGUUUUACGAUGGUCCCGGAAAGUCCGUCCACGGGGGAAUCUAUCACUCUUUUCUUUGUCGGGACUGGGCUGGAUGCUUCGACAGAUGAAGUAUUUUUGACAACAUCUCCAUACUGCAACGGCCUCUUGCCGGAAAUACCGCAGUUUCCAUGCAAAUUGAGUGGUGGGAAUCAACCACAGUGCGUUGCCAUAAUAGAUCCACCUUUGAAUCAGGGGCUGACGCUGCACAUAUGCUACCGCAAGGGCGGUCAGGCCAGUUACGCACGCAUAAAUGGCACUGUUGUCACACAGAGUCGUAAUCCCAUCUACACCAUCCGCCCGUAUCCGCUUUACGCCGGCCAGAAGGGGACGCUGACGUUUCAUGGGCGGGGGCUUUCAUUAAGGGACAGCGUCAACUUUCUUGUCAGUGGAUCAACCUGCGGUGAGGGUAGCGCCGUAAAUACGUUUUUUAUUGCAAACGGAGUGGAGUUGGAAGCCGGCAAAACGUACCAAUACGGCGUGGUUGGAAGUGGUAAGCAAUGUUUGCAGAUUUGUUACCGGAUUGCAGAUUCCACCACGUGGUCCAUUGCACGUCCAAGAACGAUGAUCCCUGUCGUGCCUACAUGUGAGGCAAAAAAUCUGUAUGUGAGCACAUUUAACCUGCGGUACACAUCGACAACUACCCCGAUCACUGCCAAGGAAACCGUCACAUUGACGUUCUUGCCGCCGCCGCCCUUGAAUAGCGCUGUGAAACUGGUCCGCAUGGAUGACAAGUGUGUUGUAUCAUUUUGCAAAAUCGGAGGUGUCACUACCACGGCGUGCGAAAUUGGGCAGAACGCAGAUGACUUCACGUCUGAUUUAACUGACAAUAAAGUCAACAUGAUGGCUGGUGCGGCAACCACAAGCUACAUUCUGUGUGUCUCGAGCUACGGGGAAAACUAUAUUCCUGUGCUACCGAGCGGGCAGGGGGAAACUUCCGUUGCCUUUGCGUUUGAGACCGCCGCUGCUAACCCAACACUGCAGAGUCACACACCCCAGCAAUGGCGAGUCGCGCUUGCGUCGCUGCAAACAAAGUUUGGGGGUCAUGAUCUCAACAGCACGACCGAUUCGGUGCUGGCGGUGUUAGGGGACGCGCUGCUGUCCACCACACCACGCGUGUGUCCACCUGCGACUGCAGUGCCGAGUACGGCUUUGUUGUCGACGCUCAUUCCGGGCCCCUCCACAACGACUACGACGGCAGCUUACAGUGGUUCCCAUCGCCGGUACACGGGAGACGUGGUGUACUUCUGUUAUCUAUGGAGUUCCGGUAAUCGCAUAACUUACACAGGCUCUCUCGCCUUUGCGGCCCGCCUGCCUUCGGAGAUGACGGCAACGACACCGUUGUCGGAUGGAUUUCGCGCCGGCGUCCCCAUCACGUUGAAUUUCACGUCCAACACAAGUGCACUGCAGCCGGAAAAUGACGAGUUGUUCUUUUACCGCUUUAAAUUGCCGUUCGCGUCAGGCAGCAAUUGUUACUGCGGUGCCGAGUGUCCGGCCAGAGCGCUUGUGUCGUACCCAACUGUCCCGUUAACACCCGGGGCCUCCCCCACUGAAGUUCUCUGGAAAAACCCGCAGGGACUGGACAAUUACAACUACGACGCCAUCUAUGUUGUCUGCUACAAUGCCUACGGGGCCGGAAGCCCAUCGUACAUGGGCCGAUUGACUGUUGGUAUGGCACAGCCAACGUUUUACACGGCCACCAGUGCAGAUGUUUUUGUUCGCGUUGGUUCUCCCAUAACAGUGACGGCCGUUCAACGCUGUACGGGUGCGGGUUGUCGUCAAUUGAGCACCGACAAUGACAUGCGUCUUAUUCCCGUAGAAAAACAAUGCUUUCAGGUGAAUGAUUCCACGGUUUUUGCAGAAGUUGAGUUCAUUGGGAACGCGACGUCGGAUGGAACAAAUUAUGUUCAACGUCUGGUGGUCAAUCAGAAUGGUGAAUACCGCGUGUGUUACCGUCUUGAAAGCUUUUACCGGGAACUGACCCCUUCGGUUGCGGCUUCCCCGAAACCAUUGGCUGUGGGUUUAGCCGAUCCUGCCAGUUUUACUACCAUACCUGCGUCGCCAUCUGCUGGGCAAUUCACUUCGGUGCAAUUGUCAUGUUCUCACAGUGUCUGCACGGUUUGCACCACAGUGCGGCUUGUACCAGGCAACAUGGCGUCUUGCUGGAUAAAUGUCGAUGGCACCUUCUCAAGUGACACAUGCCGGACGGUGACGCUGGUGGAGUUUUGGAACCAAUAUUUACCGCAGGGAACAUUUACAGUCUGCUACGGUGCCUCGAUUGAAAGCAGUCGUCGUGUGCCUGGAAUUCUUGUCGUGGCAGCUGCAAAUCCCUCGACAUUUACGGCAUCACAUGCGAACAUCUUUGUGAAUCAAGUCUCUGAAGUGACACUUACUCUGGUGGGUACCGGACUGACAACAAGCGACCAGAUCUUUCUUCUUACAACCAUAGGAUACUCUUGUCAUGAUCUUACGACGGGGGAAUUGCAGAGCAAUGGAACUCUGAGUCAGUGGUUUGCGCCGAGCAUAAAUCCGAACCCGCUAAUUAUCAACGCCUUAGGGACCACGGCGGAGUGGAAUGCCUCGGAUCGUGAGCAUCGCUUUGGUGCUGGCCUACUUUCCGAUCCCUUCUUUUGUGAUCAUCCCGGUCAAUACUGCACCCUGCAGCUUUGUUACAUGCGCAGUGGUACCACCUGGGCUCCCGUGCCGUUUGAAAAUCAACCGCCUCUCCGUCUAUUACCGUCGAAUCCGACGAGUGCUUUCUUUGAUAAAUAUCCACUGGCUGUUGGUAUGUAUUCUGCUGUCACCGUUUUUGGAAACGGCCUGGCCGCUGCGAAUGUAGUGACAGUGCGAAAAAAUACAUGCGGUGGCGAAGCCGUCACCGUUCCUGUUGGUACUGCAACUGUAACUGCGGAUGGGAAAAAAUGGGUUGGUGUGGUGCGCUUCACUGGAGAUGGGGCAACAAACUAUGCGGUCUGCUAUACGUGUGGAACCGCCACAACGGAGAUCGAUGAUGCGCAUGCAGGGCCUCAGGGUGUUAUAUUGGUGCUUAGUGAGUUGUACUACCUGUACGACCCGGCGAACUUCACGGAGAAUCACGUCUUGGCGAUGUAUGAGGAACUGAUGGUUGGGGGUACAUUUGCCAGGGAACCGGUCAAUGAUCUUUCGUCGGCUGAAUUGAUAAGUGCAGAAACGGAGUGCAACUACUUGCCUUACUACAUCGAAACCGGAAAGUCUCCCGAGUUUAGUGUCCUGCUGAAACUUCAACGGCUAUCGCCGAAUUACUUUGGGGCUCGUUUCACUGUCGAGGCAGGAACGUAUGCGCUGUGUUUGCAGGUAAAUUUGGGACUAUUUCGCGUCGUACGGAAUCCGGACGGUGCGUUGCUCACCACCACGUCGGCAAACCCGCCGGAGUACACGUCGCAGCCCGACCUUCCUUUCCCCGAACAACCAUUUACGUUAACAUUCCCGCUGUUGAGCGGCGAUGUCGGGGAAAAUGACUCGAUACAUUUGAUAGAAGGUACGCUUUAUGACUGUGGUUUCCACAAUACCAGCAGCGUCGCUGAAUUUCCUGUUGUUGCUGACCCUUCCGCUACAAUUCCCACUGGAAUUGUCUCUGCGAUCUCGUUGCCCGCACGGCUGGUAGGCGUAUUUCUGACCGUGUGUUACCGGCGUACAGGUGGAACAUUUGCAACGGUACCACGAGACGGUCAGAUUGAUCAUAAUUUACAUCUGGUGGAACAAAUCCCAAGUGUAUGGACAACAGUCCCUGUGCAGCCGCAAGUCUCACGGACGCUGCAGAUCACGUUUAUUGGUGAUAAAAGGUUCCCUGACUUUCUGCAGACAACAGACCGCGCCGCUCUGGUGCUAGUAACGGGUGGUUCGGAUCCAACAUGCAGUGAUGCACCUGCCUUCAAGAGUGGUGACUUGGUAAAGAUGGGGGAGAAUACAAUGUGGGUCAUCUCUGCCGACCAGCUCAAGGAAGGGAAAUACAUUGUCUGUUAUACAUCGACUAGAAAUGGGGCACCUGUGCGUGUUAUGACUCCUCCUUACCUGACAAUUUACCCCACACAGUCGCCUUUAGGCAUCUUUAAAAACGACGGUGGUCCCGUUGAUGUGUACAGUGGGGAGCGUUUUUAUUUAAUGUUUGAUACGAAAGUUCCACUGGACCCCGUCCUCUUUUCAGACCCCGCCGCCAGUCAGAAGGACGCAGUGCUUUUUUCGACCAAAAUGGACUGCUCUUCGCCGCUUCCUUCAAGUGAAGUGGCAAGCGUUCCAGCAUCGUUUCAUUACAAACCCGUGAAGGUUAGAAAUCCCUCAGGUAUAAUCGCCCCAUAUUUGCAUAUCGUCAUUGUAACCACCGCAAAGAGUCUCUUUGUGUGUAUGCGACGGGUUGGUCGAAAAGAAGGGGAGGCAUUUUACAAAUUUGAGAUGAUUGGUGACAUGAAGGAUCCCGCCAUGGUGCAUGUGAGCGAAUCCCCGAUUGAAAGCUACGUGACACAACCUUUACUCCCGCGGGCGUGGGUCCCAUCGAUUGGCGUGACAACGACGUACAGCACUGGAUAUCACAAAGAAAAAAUGUACCAGCUAUUUUUUACUAAAAGCGCUGCAACUGUAGAAAUUGUGGAUAAUUGUUACCGUCCUACGGCAGAAGAAGCGGCAGAGGCACAAGGGGUUAUUUUAUUGGACACAACACUGCAGGUUAUUCUGGAAACGGGUCUUACACUGCUUCCGUUCCCACAAGCCGGUCACUUCCAGUUGUGCUUACAACUUAAAGGGAAUUCUCAGAAUGCCGCCUCCGUGCAUGCCACACCGUUGACUGUGUUGAAUCCUUCGCCUAUAAUGUACAUUGUACCGGAAAUCAUUGCAGUGGGCGCGACCUUUCAAAUGGCCUUUGUGGCGUUAGACAACAUAUUUGCCUCGUCUGUUAUAUCCGAUAACAUCGCGCAGGUGUUUGUUGCACCAUCGAAUGUGGCAAGGGGAGAAACGAUGCCGGAUUGUGCGAAUGGAGUGUCCCCCCCGAGUGGCGGCAGGACAAAAUUUGCCGAAUUCACCCCAACAAACGACACUUACGCGACGGUGCAACCACACAUUUUGGAAAAAGGGUACUUUUAUGUCUGUUUUCUUGUGUACGAUCAGCUUUCGUUCUUUCCUGUGCCCAACUCGGAGGGUGGUUUUCUCUUUUCCGUUGGUCUCACGGGUGCGCAGAGUUAUGUGGUGGUGCCAUCCCCCGCGUACAUGGGCGACAAGCUCAACAUCACUAUUCGUGGCAACGCAUUAAGCAACAGGGAUCAUGUGAAGAUUGUCGAUAUCACCGGUGACAAGGAGGGGACGGACCACAGUGCACGAUGCACGGCAGAGGCAGAAGACGCGGAUGCAGAAGAAAGAAAUGGGGCAAGAGGGAGUGUGGUGGAUGCGUUGAGUCCAACACUGGCGGAAUACAAACCACGUGUGAACAAAACAGGACUUUUUAUCCUUUGUUAUCAAAGUGCCCCGCUGCAAAAUAGUUGGAUUUGGGUCUCAGACUUGAACGACUUUACGGUUGGUCCACCGCACCCUGACGCGUACGCAGUGCAGCCGGUGCCGUUUUACGUGGGGGAAGUGGGUCUGCUGCGCAUUCAGGAUAGCCCCACUACCGGACUGCUUGGCGCCAACGAUGAGAUUAAACUUGUGAAACGUGGCAGUGGUGUCGCCGGGUUUGAUUGUUCUGAAGAUGCUGAAGCAAGUCCAGACAUCGGGAGACUUGCGCGCAUCGCGGCUGGGAGCAGCAGGACGACUGCCAAAUAUGAACUCUGUGCAUUGGCGGCGACACGAGUGACAGUGUGUUACCGUCUUGAGCAUGGUGCAUGGGCCGAAGUUCCGUUGCGUGUGCCUCCACCGUUUUAUCUCUUUGAGCCGGUUGUCUUUGUUGCAAGCCCCUUUGAAGGUCCUACAGCCACCCCUUCGGCACCACGACCAUAUGAACCAUUUGAAAUGUCCUUCACUAGCAAAGAAGAAAAGGUGACGGUGAAAUAUGUGGGCUUUGCACCAGCCCCGCAGCCACCAUGUGCACCAAAUCCGCCAUAUGUAACGCCUGUGUAUUACGUGAAGAAUGCGGCCACAGCAAAUUCAUUUACGGUUGCACUUCCGAAGUCGGGUGCGUAUCAGUUGUACCUUGGCCCCUACGCAGCGGAGGGAGACCCGCGCAUUGAGCACGAGCAGAUCUUCACAGUGGCAUCCUGCGACCCGUGUUCCUUUACUCCAUCGUAUUCGUUCAUUUCUAACAAUGUGUCAUUGACAUUUCCAAGCAGCAGUGGCGGGAGUCUCAGUUUGGCUGACACCGUGCGUCUCGUCCCAGUCAGUCAAGGGGCAAUGGGUAACCCGUGCGCUGCACCAACGGGAGCCUUUGCAUCCGUAACACUAGAAGCGAAUACGACGGUAAGUACAGUUGCCGCGACCGUGUUUGACCUCUUCACGGGCAGUACAGAAGCAUCGCUUGGUGAUUACUACGUUUGCUACCGUAAAGGGAGAGGCGACUCGAACUACGCCAUUGUGACGAAUAAUAAUGGCGAACUCUUGACCUUUUCCAUCUACCCUGCGCUUCCAAGUGAGACCUCUGUGUGUCAGGCUCGCCCAUUCUUUUUGGAGACGGUGACUUUUAAUUUCUCGUUUGCCAGCUCUGCGUACCCUAAGCUUGCAUUCUCCGACAUGGAUGAGUUUCUGCUGCUUCCCACCGAUGUUGUUUGCGGCGCUGCAGGAUCCGCUACCGCCAAGGGUGUUAUACGUCCUGUACUACUAAGCCUUGUGGCACGUAAUUUGGCGAUGUGGUUGGCAUUAUUGCCCAAUGGACACACAACCACAAGUUACCAGAUAUGUUUUCGUCUUGCUGCAGAUGCCGUGGCUCGAGUGGUGCCACCAUCCACGAUCACUGUUGCCCCACAAGACCCGGUACGAGUCGUGACGGUGCCAUGGCAGAUUAAACCAGACACUGAAAAAUUUCAAAUGCUGAUUUACGGCAUGCAGCUUUCGGCGAAUGAUGAUGUUUAUGUUGUAGAUGCCUCAGAGCGGUGUGAUGAACGAUGUGACGAGAAGCUUAACCCAACGCCGCUGGCUUCCGCCGUGUACACAAAAAAUUUUGUAAAUAACACCCUUGUGGAACUGGAAUUUACACAGGCCCUUAAGGAGAGUGUCGCGAUGGCUGUGUGUUACCGCCGCGUAAACCAGUUACUGGUGCGAUUGGCACUGUUCUACGUUGGAAGGACAAACCCGGAAAAGUACAGCACAAACUUCGUCCCACGUGUGGGCACACGGCCGACACUCACCUUUGUUGGCACUGACUUAACGGCAUUAGAUCGUGUCUUCAUUCUUCCGGAGGGGAUAAACUGUGACGAAAGCUAUGCGGUGGCUGUGGGGACGUUGGUGGAUGCAACGUCGGGUGGGACAAGUAGGUUUUACAUGCCUCUUGUUGGUCAUGUUGUGGUGGGAAUCGGGGAAUAUGGCGUGUGUUACUUUCUCCAUGGCAGUGCGGGUUAUGCGCUUAUGUCGGAGCCGUUUCAGGUGCAGGCUGGUGGCCCAUCGCGUUUCAUUACGAGCAACACGCCAAUGAGGGCACGGGCCACUGAAGUCACAUUUGAUUACACGCCCUACACAAGUCAAGCUGGGGAUAUGGCAAUGGUUGCGUGUGCUGGCUGUAGCUGCUGGAGCGGAAAUGCUGCAGUGCUGCCGUAUGGCAAUCCGCAAGGGACCGUCGAGGCGAAAGGAGAACAAAUUAAACUUCGAGUGGGCAUAACGAGCGCCGAUUCCUACGCCGUGUGCUACCGUGUGUUUGACAGUGGCUAUGCGCAGGUCGGGCUGCAGCCAAUUCGGGUGAUUGAUAACUCGCCUGCUGCCUUCAGCAUUUGGCCCAUACCAACGUUUCAAGGACAGCGGCUACUCGUCACCGUGACGGAUUUUGUGGGGAACUUUCUUAGCAUGAUGGAGGAGACCAAUAGGGACACGGAAGGAAGAAACAUGCUUCAACAAGCCCCCAAUCCACAGGACGCAGCGAUGAUCGUCGAGGCAAUUCGCCUUUGCUGGGACACCGUCGCCUUGAAUCCGAACGGCAUCCUUGCAGGCCCUUCAGAAGUCUCGCGUACCACCCCCAACGAAAGCCUCUGGCGAGGUCAUGUGCCUUCACUGGGUCCUGGUGCGCUGCCACUGAGCUCAUUCCCCAUGUUGUUCAUGCUGUGCUACCGUGAGCAUGGACAGGAAGAGUUUGUUGUGGUGCCGUUUCCUCCUGAGCCCAAUACGAUGCUUCCUGCGAAUCCCUCCAGUUUCUUGACUGUGCCUCCGGACGUCUUUAGUGGGAUGAUUCAUAUUCGCAUGACAUUUCCUGAUGCGGCGGAAAAUGACACCGCCUUCGUUGUUGAAUACCCCGGCGAUACCUUGCGGACGAACCAUGCAUGUGAUGAUACGAAGUCGAAAAUAAUAGCAGCUGAAGGCCCCGCGUUCCCGUCGUACAUCUUUAGUCUUCCACCGCAACUUACGGCUAAAUCUGCGGUUGUUUGUUACGUGCGUGCGGAUGCCACCGUGGCAGAAGUGCCACAAUUAUUGAUUUUGACGACACCGAACCCUGCUGACUAUCUCAUCGAACCACCUGCGGGGACUGAACGGCAACGGCAAUAUCUUGUCUUUGAAUUCACCGGUACGGGCCUCAACCCCACAACAGAUGCCGUUGUUUUCACCGAAGUGCCAUGCGCAAACAGUCCAACGUGGCCACCCGUCUCUGCAUCAUCUGUGCGGCGCGCAAGUUUUCUUGCCGCCACCCCCAGCACACAGGAGGGGACAUCACUGACGAUGGUUGCACAGUUUGUCCAGAAUGCGCAAAGGAUGAUCUUCGUUUGUUAUCGCCGUGGAACCAUCUGGAGUGAAGUGGAUGGGCCACUGUUACUCAACAGCCCUCUCCCCAUCAGCUUGACGCUAGUUCCGCCUGUAGGCAGAGCACGCGUUGGACAGAAUGUGCAGAUUCAACUACAAGGCACUGAGGGAAAGAAACUUGUGCGUGCGGCAGUCAUCUCCGCCCAUGACUCCAGCCCAGAGUCGUGGUGUCAAAACUUCACGGCGGCCAGAGUCCAGGAGCCGCUGCUCACAAUUGUCAGCGACACACAGCUCAGCGUACCGAUAUGGCAAACUGCCGGUCCUGCACGUGUCUGUGUAAGGUACGAAGGCAUGGCGUGGUCAGAUGUUGCUCUAACCGCUACCGGUCCCGUUACUGAUGUCGUUGUGGAAGGCCCUAACCCAUCGUCCAUGCGGACAUUUCCCAAUCCACCCCGCGUGGGCCAACAGGUAACGUUGACAUUUCAACUUUCGGAACCGCCAAGCGCGGAUGAUCGCGUGCGAAUCACUACACCAGAACGUGACGUGGCAUGCGAAGACACGCAUACCGUCCCCGGCUUUUCAGAAAAUAUGCCAGUGUCGCCUAAUGUCGAGGCAAUGACCUCCAGCAUUACUCUUAUAGAUGGCACGGAUCCGUUGGCAUACCGAAGUUUUAACCACACUGGACAGUUUCGAGUUUGCUAUUACAGUGCCGCAGCAAGGGUGUGGAGCAUUGCGGGUGGAUCAGUGGUUGCGAGCAUUAUCAAUGUAUUGCCGAUGGCUCCAGAGAACUGGAAAACGAGCAGUGGUAUGGAUCCCGUCUUCGCUGAGCCUUUUGAACUAGUCUUUGAGGACAGCUUGGGUAGUUUGGAUGCAUCCGGUGACUCUGCAUGGUCUGCGCCGCCGCAACAAUCAUGCGGCGUCGAUCCUGUCGAAUGUCCAGGGUGCAUUAUAUUCGAAUUGGACAAGGAGAAAUCUACUGCAAAGCGUGUUGUCACAAAACCGGCAGCCUCUUUAGUUGUAGGCGACGUUAAUCUUUGUUACCAGCUGCGUGACGCCACGGCGGCGUUGAUCCCACCACCAUUAAUUAUACAGGAGGGUGAGAUACGGUGUGUGCAAGAAACAGCAGUACGAGUUGGUCAACAACAAAAUAUCACAUUUGAAAAGAAGCCUGGUGUCGAUGUUACAGAUGACAGUUGGCGUGUAUCCUUUUUUGGUACUACUGCGACAAGUUGCAGCAGUGGCUAUGUCCCUGAUUUUGUAGCAGGCAGAGCCCAUAUCAUUAGUUUCAAUUCAACUGCUGUGACAUAUACUUUGGAGUGGCCCGUGUCCAUGGUGUCCGCGAGGUACCUCAUUUGUUAUACGCAUAAUGGUGUUGCACGGACUGUUUGUACAUGUGAACAGAUUCACUCCAGGACAGGCGAAUGCUAUUUGUCAACGCUUCAGGCCUCACCACUUUGGUUCGUUCCAAGCCCGGAUCCAACGUACGUGGGACAAACGAUACAGUUGCAGUUUACACUGGAUGCCUCCAUGAUAAACUACCCUGUCACGAGGGUGAAGCUUGUGCCGUAUGUGAAUCUACUUACGGUAUGCACCGAUCAGGAAGCGUUUCCCACUGGGGGGAAUGUACGUACAGUAACUCCAACUUUGUACGUCUUUCAGUUCAAGUAUAGCUACAAUCAGAGGCCGGGCAAAUUUAUUGUGUGUGUUCUCUCUCCGCAAUUGUCCGAGUUUUACGCCCGUGUCGGUACGGUGAACCCAGCAACAUCAUCUAAUCAACUUUGGGUACGGCCGUAUAUGGAGUUGACGACAUUCCCCAGUUCUGCCAACCUCAUUCGUGCGAUGCAGACGAUUCGUCUGACGUUUACACACAUAUCGUCUGACCCAGGUGAUGUCGUUGGAGCAGGGGAUCGUAUUACGUUUGUACCAUCGCCGGAAAACUGUGUUGAAUCCUUCAUUGAUACGACUCCUGCUGCGGAUGUUAUGGCACUUUUUAUGGUAGAUGACACUUCCUUCUCGACAGUGCCCGCGCCGGUACUGGAUCCGAGCAAUGUGACGCGCUCAUCUCAUGUCUUUGUGACAUUUGAUCCCACGAAUGGAUUGGGAAACCAUUUUGUCUGUUACAAACUGACUUACGGGACAUGGGCCCCGGUGACAAACUCCAUCGAUGUACUUCCCUCUGCCGUGACGAAAUGCGACCUGCCGCCAUCCACUUCACGCCCCGACCCUGGUAUGGGCCCGAGCUGGCGCGCGAUGCAGUACGUGCGAGCCAUCAUUGUGGGAACCAAAGAAACGAGCACCCUGCGCACGGACGUUGACGCGGUGCGAGUAGUGCCACAAGCAUCUCCUUGUAUUUCGGACGCAAGUGUCGUCUUUCAGUCUGGGGUCAGCAUUGAGGGCGAAGAAAACGCCGCCGUCAUUGCCUUUUCACCGAGAACGGGAAUCUUUAAAAUAUGUUACCGCAUUGGUGGGCCAAAUAGCAUGAUUGCCAAUUGGAGCCCUGUCUGUACUGAACUGACAUUCACGCAGCCAUCGCCAACAGGCACCUUCACGGGGUGUCUACGCCUUGGGCAGAGCCUCAUUGUAACAGCAUCGCAACAGGAUGGAUUUCAAUUUACUCUGAUGGAUACGUUCCGUUUUGUGGAUGGAGCGGAUCAAUGCCUUUAUGCCGACGGAAGCCAAACUGUUUCCGGCACCAUUGCAGUCGGAGAUGCAGCGCAGGCAAUUGGAGGAACACCGGUAACCACGGCUGGUGCCACAUUUGUUCUUCCCCCAGCUCUGUUAGGUACCGGAACCGUAUCCUUCCGUCUGUGUUUCAAAGACUCCGCGAAUAAUCAGUUUGCCGUCCCAAUAGACGCUACGGAUUCCACCAUCUCUGAAUUUGAUGUGGCCCCGCACCUUAUUGCAUCGGUUCUUUUGCAACACAGUAUCGCCGCGGGACAACGUGUCUUUAUAACGUUUGCUGCAAAUCCUCAAGUGGGAGUGUUAACGCCUUAUGCUGCGUUUCCACCCGUCCCCUUCUCGCCAGGACCCGUAUACGAUGGCAAUUUUGAUGCUGCCACAGCAAUUCGUUUUUCAUCGCCUUUUGCGUACCGUGAAGGACGCUGUUUUGUGGCAAAUCCUACUUUAAAUGGUGUCUAUGGAAACAGUACGCAGACAUUGGGUUCAUUUGAUCCCACGAUGGGUGGUUCAUAUGUCGCGUGUUACAGAUCGGUAAAUUGCAGUGUGGAAGAUGUGGGACUAACAUUUCUAGUCAGUGGA